CGGGGCCGCCGCCGCUGCCCGGUGUCUCGCCGUCCGGCCGGCGAUGGGGGAGGCCGGGCCGGGGCCGGGGCCGGGACCAAGACCAAGACCGAGGGAGACGCCGGAGCCGGAGGAGGAGGAGGCGGCGGCGCCGUGCGGCUCGCGGGGGAGCCGAGCCGGGCCCCGCGGCGGCAUCCGGGUGCUGAAGAGAAACGUGAAGCGCAACGGGAGCAGAAGCUGUUUGAACAGGAGUCGGUUUGGUUCCCGUGAGAGGGGCUGGCUGAAAGAAGACGUAGGACGAGGCUGCGUGUAUGUGCACGGGCGAGAUUCUGCAGCUGCUGUUUCUUCAGAUUUGCGCUUGGUCCUCUGCACAGUGGACACUCCAGCAUCUGAGAUCUGUGAUGGAGAAGGGAGGAAGAACCUCUUCUUGCAACUUCAUGGGGACCUGGUCAGGAGGCUGGAGCCCACAGAAAAACCCCUUCAGAUUGUGUAUGACUACUUGGCUCAGUUGGGUUUUGAUGAUCCUGUCAGAAUGCAGGAAGAGGCAGCAAACUCUGAUCUCAGCUGCAUGAUUCGCUUUUUCAGUGAAAAGCCAUGUCAGGUGGAGCAGUUGGAUCGUGUCCUGCUCUCUGGUGUCUAUAAUGUACGCAAGGGAAAGACCCAGCUGCACAAGUGGGCAGAGCGCUUGGUGAUUCUCUGUGGUACGUGCCUCAUCGUGUCCUCUGUGAAAGACAGCCACACAGGGAAGAUGCACAUCUUGCCUCUCGUUGGAGGAAAGGUGGAAGAGAUGAAGCGCCGGCAGUACACGCUUGCUUUCACAUCUGCUGGAGCACAAGCCCAGACCUACCAUGUCUCCUUUGAAACGCUGGCAGAGUGCCAGAGGUGGCACCGACAAGCCUCCACGGUUGUGUCUAUGCGAGUUGGCAUGGUUGAUCUUUCAUGCUACAGCCUUGAGGAACUACCUGAGCACCUCUUCUACAGUCAAGACAUUGUCUACCUCAACCUACGACACAAUUUUAUGAGAUCAAGUGGAGCAGGGAGUCUUGACUCUCUUUGCAGGUUUUCUCAGUUGAAGAGCCUGAACCUGUCUCAUAAUAGACUAGGAGAAUUUCCUGUGUCACUGUGUGAGAUCUCUACUCUGACAGAGCUUAAUGUUUCCUGUAAUGGACUUCACCACUUGCCAAGCCAGAUUGGCAAAUUGUUGAAUCUCCAGACCUUCUGGCUUGAUGGGAAUUUCCUCACCUCCUUACCAGAAGAACUACAAAGUCUGCAACAACUCAGCUGUCUUGGGCUUUCCUUCAAUAACUUCUGUGAACUGCCAGCAAUUUGUGAGAAACUUGUCCUCUUAGACAAACUAUCGUUGGCAGGGAACUCGAUAGAGACCCUGGACCUUGCUGUGCUGAACCGUAUGAGUCACAUCAAAAGCGUGGACCUGAGGCUGAACAACCUGAAGAGAGCAGCAGCUGACACUCUGGAGGGGAACAAAUCUGUGACUUACAUGGAUUUACGAGACAAUCAGAUGACAGAUUUGGAUCUGAGCUCCUUGGGCAGCCUGGAGCAGCUGCACUGUGAGAGGAAUAAGCUGAAAGAGUUGACACUGAGUGGCUUCUCCCUUCGGGCCCUCUAUGCCAACAGCAACUGUCUAACAGCUGUCAAUAUUUAUCCAGUUCCUGGUCAACUGACUUGUCUAGAGCUCUCUCACAAUCAACUUCAGUGUGUCCCAGACUGGGCCUGUGAAGCAAAGAAACUGGAAGUUCUGGAUGUGAGCUACAACCUUCUUGUGGAUCUUCCGUCAAGGAUCCUCAGCAGCUUGAGCCUUCAGAAGUUGAUGGUGGGGCACAAUCGUCUGCAGAGCCUUCCUCCUCUUCUAGAACACAUUCCACUGGAAGUGCUGGACCUUCAGCACAACCUGUUGACUAAACUGCCAGAGGCACUCUUUGUCAAGGCUCUGAACCUCAGGUACCUGAAUGCAUCUGCAAACAGCCUGGAGUCCUUGCCCUCUGCAUGUACAGGGGAGGAGAGUCUGAGCAUGCUGCAGCUGCUUUACUUGACCAAUAAUAACCUCACAGAUCAAUGCAUCCCUGUCUUGGUGGGACACCCGAGCCUACGGAUCCUGCACCUGGCAAACAACAACCUACAGACCUUCCCCGCAAGUAAACUUAGUAAACUGGAGCACUUGGAAGAGCUGAAUCUGAGUGGCAACAAACUGAAAACAAUUCCCACAACAGUGGCAAACUGCAAGCUACUUCACACACUUAUUGCACACUCCAAUGAAAUCAGCAUCUUUCCGGAGAUCCUGCAUUUGCCCCGAAUCCAGUUUGUGGAUUUGAGCUGCAAUGAGUUAACUGAAAUCCUAAUACCUGAGGCACUGCCAGGUGCCUUGCAAGAGUUGGACCUGAGUGGAAACACAAACCUGGUGCUAGAGCACAAGACACUGGACAUCUUCAGUCACAUUACCACACUGAAGAUUGAUGCUAAGCCCUCCCUCACAGCAGACACAGCACUCACUUCUACCUUCUGGAGUCAUGGAGUGGCUGAGAUGGCAGGCCAAAGAAAUAAGCUGUGUGUGUCAUCCCUGGCACUGGGGAGCUUUGCAGAGGGCAUGGAGGCUGUGUAUGGCAUGUUUGAUGGUGACAAGAACGAGGAGCUGCCACGCUUGCUGCAGUGCACCAUGGCUGAUGUGCUCCUGGAGGAGGUACAGCAGUCAGACACCAUGUUCAUGUCCAACACCUUCUUGGUCUCCCACAGGAAGCUGGGCAUGGCUGGGCAAAAGCUGGGGUCCUCUGCUGUCCUUUGCUAUAUUCGUCACGACGCGGCCGAUGCAGCCAGCAACUUCUCUCUGACGGUGGCCAAUGUGGGGACGUGCCAAGCCGUUCUGUGCCGAAGUGGAAAACCACUGCCUCUCUCCAAAGUCUUCAGCCUUGAACAGUGUUCAGAAGAAGCCAAGAGAGUCAAGGAGCAAAAAGCCAUUAUAACAGAGGACAAUAAGGUGAAUGGUGUGACUUGCUGCACUCGGAUGCUGGGCUGCACAUACUUACAUCCCUGGAUCCUGCCCAAACCACAUGUCCAUUCCAUUCCACUGACUGUACAAGAUGAGCUGCUACUUCUGGGGAACAAAGCUCUCUGGGAGCACCUUUCCUACACAGAGGCUGUCUCAGCUGUGCGCCACCUCCACGACCCACUGGCUGCUGCGAAGAAACUCUGCACUUUAGCCCAAAGCUAUGGUUGCCAAGAUAAUGUAGGUGCAGUGGUGGUGUGUCUGAACAUCAGUGAUGACAGCUGCACGUGUGAGAUGCAUGGCCUCACCCUGCCAGGUUCCGGGGGAUUUAGUUCCACCACCACCAAGCCAGCAACGCCUUCAUCUAGCAGUGGAAUUGCUUCAGAGUUCAACAGUGAACUGUCUGCUUCUGAGGUUAGCAGCGAGGUGGGUUCUACUGCUUCAGAUGAACACAGCGCUGUUGGUCUUGAUGGCAGUUUGCUACCACGACAAGAGCGACGCUGCAGCCUACACCCUGUGCUCUCUUCAAGCAUCUUUCAACGCCAACCUUCUAGUGCCACCUUCUCUAGCAACCAGUCUGACAAUGGUCUAGAUAGCGAUGAUGAGCAGCCUGUGCAAGGUGUGAUGACAAAUGGCAGUAAAGUGGAGGUAGAGGUGGAUAUCCACUGCUGCAAAGGAAAGGGCCUGGAGUCUGAACCUCCUCUUGCAGAGUAUAGCUCCUCUGCUCCAGGGCCGGAGGAUGACUCCGGGCUUGUCCUUGUCAUUCGGAGACAGAAUAGUGUAAACAGCAACACUGUGCAGAGAGGGGUCAAGGAAAAGUGUGAACUGCAAAAAUCUCUUUCCACGUGCUGUCUCUAUGGAAAGAAGCUUUCCAAUGGCUCCAUAGUGCCCUUGGAGGAGAGCCUCAACCUCAUUGAAGUAGCCACAGAGGCACCCAAGAAGAAGACAGGCUAUUUUGCUGCUCCGUCCCAGAUGGAGCCAGAAGAUCAGUUUGUGGUGCCACCUGAUCUGGAGGAGGAAGUGAAGGAACAAAUGAAGCAGCACCAGGAGAAUGGAGCAGAUCAGGAACAGAAAGAGGAACAUGCAGUGACUAUGCCAGAGGAGUUUGACACAGCUUUGUAACCCUAAAAGUACUGCUCCCAGAUCAUCUGUCCCAGGAAGUUCUGACCCAUAAGAGCUCUCUUGCCCUCCAGGGGGAGCUGGGAUCUGCAAGGAGUACAGGCAUCUGCUGCUUCCUUAAUGGAGUUGAGGAAGAAUUAAGUGUGCUAAGGUCUGGGCUGUCCGCUUUUCACUGCAGAGUCUCAGUAGUUCUGUGAACGCUUGGACCAGCAGCUGAGCUCUGUGUUAGGGACUGUCUGGAAAUUGUGCAGGCACUAGGAAAUGGGCAGGUGUUCCAACACCUGUGUGUAGCUCCUUGAACCCUGAGGUUCUGCCAGCUCUGCAGGAAAGGAGCUGGCCUAUCUGUGUGAGGGGGCUGCUGAGGGGGCAAUGUCCAGUGUUUGGAGUUCUGUGAAUAUUUCUGAUGCAGCCCCCCCCUCCCCCCUCCACUCCCCCAGCAGCUGACAUUGUUAUUCCUUGGAAGAAUACAGCCAGUUGCAAUGAAGCUGACCCAAGAAUGGUUUCCUACAUUAACUGCAAGCACUUUUAUUGAUUGCACUUAACGCUGUUCUGCUCCCCUUCAGCCCAGCACUUUAUUAUUUAGGGUUAGGGGAGAGAGCACUCCACAGCAGGUGUGGUGAGGCCUUUUCCCAGUGGAUAUUGUUAGGGCAAGAUCAGGGUACCAGUGUUCUGAUGAGCACUGGUGCAGGGUAGAGUGAGGAUUAUGAUGCAACCAGCCUAUGCAGGAUGAGAAAAUAGCUGAGUGAUAAGCAGAUGCCUAUUGAGGCAUUUUACAUGGAGCAUAGGAAAGAUCAGUUCUGGACUGGCUGACUAAGGUCAUGUGUAGAGCUAGUGCUUCUAGCUGCAGAGCACAGACUCAGCUCAACAGGAACUUGCCAGUUCCAUUGUGGAUGCUUCACAGUCAAGGCUUCCUGUGUCCAGAAGACAACGAAAUGAAACCAGGAACUCAUGGUUGUUUCAAUGAGGUACUCAGCCUAAGGGGAAACCAGAGUGCUCUGAGGCUAGUGAGCGGUGAGGCUGUCCUUCAAACGCUGGGCAAGUGUUUAGUGCUCUCACCAACGUGAACCUGUUCACUGUCAGCUACAGCACCUUAGCUUGCCUCUGAAAACAGGAGUCAUAUUGUAAAUCCACAGCAAACUGCAUUUCACAGUAUUUGCCCAAUUUGGCCACAGGCAAGAUGGAAACAUCCUUGUUUCUGCUUAGCUUUCAAUGAAAAAGGGAAAACCAGAACUUUUCACUCUAAGAACAUGUUUUACCAGCACUGGGAGAUGUUUACAACACUCCCACUGGUAGUGAGCUGGCUGCUCUGCACUCAGCAGAUGCAUUGUGUUUCCAUUAGGAUUUUUGGUGCAGGGUGUAAAUUGGCUGCCUACAUCAUCAUCUUGUGUAAGGGUCGUGAAAAGACCACCGCUCCUGUAGCGUGCAGAGCUGUCUUCCUUAGCUGGCAGAGAGCUGGACAGCAGCUGUCCCCAUCAUGUCAGUGGUGCAAUAAUCCUGGCUGUAAUGUGGGCUAGUGCCUUUUCUUCUUUAUUAUAUUUAUGAAGAAAACUUGAAAGUUUCUUCUCAAGAACUCUGAGGGGCUUGAGUUUUAUAUUUUUGAAUCAAAUUCAGGCCAUGCUCAGAAGGAUAUACUGCAGACUACUUGUGGGAUUCUGUCCAUACAGAUCUUUAGACAAAAUCUAACGGAGUCCUACUGAGAUUUCAAAGCACCUUGAAUUCCUUGUCACUAUGAAAAAAACCCAUAUUUUUACCAUGCAUCAGAGGACAUUUUAGGAUAUCCUUGUGCUAGUUAUGAUGUCAUCUUGAAACAGCCCCACUUUUUCCAAGGUUUAAACUCUCUCAGAGUUUGUUUGAAUACCUGUUUCAUUUGGAAAUGGAGACAAAAGCUAAUUCUUAAGAAUCACAGAACCAGCAUCAUUUUAAUCCCUUAGGCAGAGAAACAACAGCAGAAAAAGGUUAAAAAAUCAAACCCCGAACCUCUUUCAUGUUCUCUUCAUAUGAAGUAUGCAGAAAAGGCUCAUCCCAGUGUAUUUUACUGUAACUUUUAAUUCUGUCACUGGUGAUAACUUCACCAAGUAUCUGUGCCCAGGCCAAGUUUCUGAUACUUGCCAGAGCUGCAAAGCAGCCUCUGUCCAGUGUGGGACUGAUGCAGGAAUACAACUCCUCUUUCUGAGUAAGACUGUGACAGACCUUGCACUAGGAGAGUGGCAGAUGUUAAUGCAAAUCGGCUUUCCAUUUCCUGCACUGAUGUGGAAAAUCCCAUGCAUACUUACCAGUCUGAACCAGUAGCAUUGCUUGGAGAGUUGGCAGUCCCACAGGGAGAUAAUCAUGAAUAGUUCUCCUGGCUCAGUGGGGAAGGACUAAGUGAAAUAAACUCCACAGGGGAGUGUGCAGAUUUCUGAGCUGCUCCUCCUAACAGUAAUGGCAGAACGGAAUGCAAGGAAUUCCUACUCAGCCUUCUUCUCCAGUGCUGUUUCUGGUUUUGAAGCAGAAGGGGAGUUUAAUACAGCCAGCUCAUGUUUUCUGUGGGGGUGAACUGUCAGGGCAGAAAACAUACCUUGUUCUCUUACACUAGGUAGAGUCCACAGCUUUCUGUGCUUCAGCCGAUACUGUGAACUGUUGUCUCAUUCUGAGCACCACAGUCUGAGUGCUCCCCUCCACCACCACCUUUUGUUUUCCUGCCUUCCUAGAGGCAGCAAGCUUCUCCUUUGUCUUCCUCACCUUAUAAAUUAACACCACCUUAGAUUUUGAGCUCCCUUGGAGCACUGCUGUAGGUAGAACAGGUAUAAAUGGCCAAGUCUAGUGAAGGACUCGUAGCACGGGAUGGAAAGUGCUUUCCCCAUUCUCUCCCUGUUGUCCAGUCUGCUUCCUGAUUUCUGUAUGUGGUUCUUGCACAGCUACAUCCUUGCCACAGAGCAAUGUCACUAAGAAUGUCCCAUUCAUUAACAGACUUGCUGUUACAGGUUGGUGUCAUCAGGCUGUCUUGUCCCUGCUGAGUAGUGCCAGACCUGCCAUGCUCCAUGCAGCCACAAUGAAGUUAGGCUGGUGAGUUGGUUUGUCCAUCUCUUCAGUAAUUCUGUCUCUGCUGGUAAGCAUGCUUGCUAAGAACAGGUGCUCUAAAGGCACUGACCUUGGCCUGUCCAGGAAGACUUCUGCACAAGGAAUCCAUAAAGGUUACACUCACUGACAAGUAGUAGGGGGGCCAAGUACUGAGGAUAAGGGAUAGCCUCUAAGUUGCUGCCAGCACCAGGAACAGGCCUGGUGAAGGCAACACCAUAGUCUGUUGGGACCUGCUCAGAAUCCUCAACUAGAGAGGAGGGUAAAAUCCUGUUCCGAGGAGCAAGUAUUUCCCUUUCUUGGGGUGGGGCAGCUGUGAGGUCCUUCUGCACUCCUUCCAGACGGUGAUGGCUUUCUUGCCACUUGCCAAAGGCCUUCAGGCAAGAGGUUCACCUCUUUGGUUUUGUGCAGUCAUCAUCUGCCGUUCCAUUGCUGUCUGAAGAGUCCAGUGUAUUUUUCCCUCUUUUUCCACAUUUUGGAACAUGACCUUUUUUAACUCGACUCACACGACCCAGCGCAUGUGAAACCAAUACUGCAGUGCACCGUUUACUAAAUAAUCUCUUUUCAUGGUUUGGUUUGGUUUGUUUCAAGGAGGAUAAUUUCUGUAUCCCACUCCAGCAUGCACGUGUAACAACCCCUGGUUUUAUUGUGUAUGGGAGUAGGUUGUCCAGUGAAUGCACUUUCAGCACUCUGGCCUAUGUUUGUAUUGCUUUGGAGAGACAAAUAAUGUAAGAUUGCUGGAAAACACUAUUCCAUUGAUUCUUUAUUCAAGAUGUAUAGAGCAGUCCAGGAAGGAAGAAUAUUUUUGCAUCAACUUUUCAGCUGACUUAGCAAUAAAGAUUUUUACUUUCAUCUAACUCUAUAUAUUCUGAUUCCAUUACUGGAGGGAAUUUGUGCAGUACUGCAGUCAAAUGUGGCUGUGGCUGGCAGUAGCCUUGCUGUGUGUUCUCCUUCACUGACCCCUGGGUGCUGCUUUUCUUAGCAGGCUUCCAUAGUUGCAGACCACUCUGAGGGCGGGAUUUAUA